AUGCUGACGCUGUAUUUUGGGUCGCUGGCUUCACGAACCAGUUCAAGUUGUCUUAACGCCGAAAAUGUUACGUUGUCUUGCGUCGAGACGGUUGUCGAGACGGCAGACAGCCUCGACAACAGCGGAAGGCUCUGCGACGUCGUGAAAGUGAACAGUUGCCAAGGCAUGCCGGUCUCCUCAGCUCUGGCCCGGUACAGCCGACGCAGUCUGCAAGGCAGGCAUGCCUCCGGCACGAUCGUGCGUCUGUCGCUGUCUCUCAGUGAGUGCAUGUCUGCGGACGAGUCUGCUCAUCGCCUCUUCUCGUAG